AUGGUGUUCCAAAUCCAAAUGGCGCGCAAUAUACAAGACAAGCAAGAGUAUAAGCUGCUAGUUAUGGCGGGACCAUCAUACGAACAGUCGACUCAUCGAAUCGUUACAGUCAACGAUCCGGAACCAUUUUUUAUCGACGGUGCUCAUAUGUCGAUUCAGUUGCAUAUCAGAAUAAGGGACUUCGAGGGAUUACCCUCUGAAUCUCCCAAAACCUCUAUUUAUUUUGACCAUGAAAGACACCUGAGAGAUUUUUACUCGAUUUCUUUCUCAUUUAUCCCGAAGAAAAGUAUCAACUCGAAGGAUCUGGUGUGGGGCAACGACUUCGACCAUCCCAUUCGCGAUCAACUGCCGCCAGGCUUCAAUAUCGCCUACAAGAUUGCGAAGACAUUUAUAGACCCGGGAAUUAAUUGCGAUGCUUACUCGAACCGGCCCUGGUCCUAUGGGCCCGCUUUGAGUUGUUUUUUUGUGUUUCGAGUUGGCGAGCAUCGACACAAGGUAUCGAACGGUGGCUGGUCACAGAGAUCACCUGAAACCAUAUCAACCCUAGCUAAGCGACCUGUGGUCGAAGAAGGAGGGGAUGGUGACGGGUAUGCUAUUCGUCAGGAUCUAGGAAUCCCAUCGGACUCUAAAGGCCGUAGGAAAUAUUUCCUUUCGCCUAUGAAUCGCCAAGGGUUCAACCUUGAGAAAGGACGCGAAUAUUUUGCCGACUUUUACAAUCCAUAUUUCGACCCAAACCGGGUAGUCCUCAAGCUACCUGGGAUCAAGAUCAAAGUACUGAAGUAUGUGAGUGAGAGGACCCACACGCUUCGCUACGUGUUCAAAGAUCGCCACAAUGAAGAAGUAUAUCUUGUCGUUGUCUUUAAACUUCUCUUCAAAGAGGAAUUGGCGAACCUCACAUCUAAGCCAUGA